AUGCUCGGGCGCGUGGCGACGUCGAAUGGCAAGGAUGGCAUCACACCACCCCUGCCCCAGGGUAUUGGUCCGACGAGCCAGCCCAACGAGUUUUUGAUCGUGUAUCAGCACAUUCAGGAGAUUGCGAACAAGAGGAUUUCGACGUUGGAUUAUCUGCGCAGGGCCCACGAAGGGCGUGUCUACUGGUUCAGCACGCUUCUUUUCGAUAAGCCAGACGUGACGAAGAUGCCAUACUUUGAUCCUCGAAAACUCGCUCGACGCGCAACGAAUUAUCUUCUGCUCGGCCUUUCCCUCCCCGCCGUGAUCGAUCUCAAUUCAUCCACACCUCUCGAGUUCCUCCGAUCCCUGAACAUCCUGCUCGGCGAGUUCGACUCCUUUCAACAAAUCCAUACCGAGAAUGGCACGAAUUCCAGCUCCCUAUCCCGAGCCCGAUUGCCCCAAAUGUUUCGUCGAGCGCCCGGGGGCAAGGCACGGAGGACGUCGGGGGCAGACUUAGGAUAUCAGGACGGUGCCAGUGGGGCGAUGGCCAGCAACUCGGUUGUUAACCAGACGCCAACAAACGUCAUGACGUUUGGACUGGGGGGCGAGGGCAACGAUCUACUGCCCGGUGAAGAGUACACACAUCUCUUGACACCGAGUCUGCCGUUCGAUCCGGAUUUCUUCGAGACUUUCGCGACGCUCUGUGACGUCUUAAUUGACUGCUACACAAGGCUACUGAGCCUGCUAUCCAACCCGAAGGAUUGCACGUCACCUGUGGCCGAGCUGUUCUCCAAGGCCGAUUCGAAGGUGCGGAAGAUCAUUAUCCAAGGGGUUGUGAAAGAGUUCGAGGACGCAAGCAGGGCAGGCUUGAAACAGGAAGUUGGCAGUGUUGGCAAGCUUGCAAGCUUGAGAGUGGAUACCACUAGCGCAGGUCGGUGGCAGGGGUGGACCCAGAUUUCCCAGCACUGA